GAAGUACAAGUCAAAUUAUCUUGUUACAGUGUUGAGAGCACGAGAGAGAGGUUUCCGAGGAGUUGUCUUUGAUAUCCCCUUGUCUGAGGACAUUAUUUCAUCACCCGUCCGCUGGAUUCAAGCAUCUGAUCUGAGCGACUGAACACGAGAGGGAGAGAGAACGAGGGAAAAGCCAGAUAUGGAGACGUUCAGCUCCAAGGACAUGGCUCUGAAGGCCCAGAAAAAGAUCCUGAGCAAAAUGGCCACCAAGUCUAUGGUGCAGAUGAUUAUCGACGACACCAGCAGUGAGAUCCUAGAUGAGCUUUACAGAGUGUCAAAAGAGUACACUGGGAACCGCUCCGAGGCCCAGAAAGUGGUGAAAGACCUCAUUAAGGUGGUGGUGAAGAUAGGUGUCCUAUUCAGGCACAAUCGAUUCAAUGAGGAGGAGCUAAAGCUGGCCCAGAAUUUCCAAAAGAAAAUGCGCCAGGGAGCCAUGACGGCCAUCAGUUUUCAUGAGGUAGAUUUCACAUUUGACAAAACAGUUAUGUCAGACAUCCUAACAGAAAGUAGGGACAUGCUUCUGAAGCUUGUAAAUACUCACCUCACCACAAAAUCCCACGGACGCAUCAACCACGUGUUCAACCAUUACGCGGACCCAGAGCUCCUGACCCAGCUUUACAACCCAUCCGGGCCCCUUAAACCCCACCUCAACAAAAUCUGCAACGGCCUCAACAAACUGCUGGAGAACGGAACAUUAUGAGGACACUGACAGACUUUUACAGGACUUGGCAUCCGUGAUCCCAAAUUGCAAAUAUGAUGCAACCAAAGAGACGAAAAGCGACAGACUGGAGGCAUCGGGCACCUUUGAAACAGUGUUGUGUUAAUGCAUUAGCUCAUUUAGUGGCCUGAUACUGUUAUAACAGCCACUGCGAGCUUAGAUCAAAUCUUAAAUUGUCAUCUGAACAAUUUUUUAAAGCUCUGAGACUCCAAGUCAAGAUGUUUAAACCACUGGAGUUCUGCCCCUCUGCUGUAAAUUAGAGCACAAUGUAUUGUUCGAAACUGUUUGCAUUUUUUGUGCUGAAUAUUUACCCCCCAAGACAGCAGAAUAACAAGAAGCAGAGAACACACAAAGGUUUUAGCAAGGGACUCUCUUCAUACUGCCAUCUAGUGUUAUCAUGUGUUCAUGGCGAUGACACAAAUGGAGGCUUGGCACUACAGUCAACAUUACUAUAUUGAACAUCUCUGAGAGGGAUCUGCUGUGUUCUGAAAGGGAACAACCACUAAAUAAAUAUUUUACAGCCCUCA